UUGAUUUUUGAGGUUAUAUUUUUUAGGUUUGUCAACAAAAACAAAAGAUUCGGAACUUAUUCGGAAGCUUAUCUACCUACCUGCGUAAAUAUAUCAUUUAGUUAAAAUUCUGAAAGGAGCAGUGUAGAGCAGCGAUGUCGGCGGCGCGCAUGUCGGCGUGGCGCGUGCACGCGUACGGCGCGCGCGCGGAGCUGCGGCUGGAGAGCGCGCGCGUGCCGCCGCUGCGCGCGCCGCACCACGUGCUCGUGCGCGUCGGCGCCGCGUCCGUCAACCCGCUCGACGUGGCCAUGAUCGGCGGCUACGGCGCGCGCGUGCUGAACGCGCUGCGCGCGCUGGCGGACGGCGCGGCGGGCGACGCGGCGGGCGGCGUGGAGUUCCCGCUGGUGGCGGGGCGCGACUUCGCGGGCGAGGUGGUGCUCUGCGGCGCGCGCGCGCGGCUGCGGCGCGGCCAGGCCGUGUGGGGCGUGGUGCCGCCGCACUGGCCCGGCGCGCACGCGCAGUACGUGCUCGUCGAGGACCGCUGGGCGGGGCCGGCGCCGCGCGCGCUGUCGCGGCUGCAGGCGGGCGGCGCGCUGUACGCGGCGCUGUCGGCGUGCGCGGCGCUGCGCGCGGCCGGCGUGCGCGCCGGGGCCCGCGCGCCGCGCACGCGCGUACUGCUGCUGGGGCUGGGCGGCGUGGGGCAGGCCGCGCUGCAGCUGCUGCGCUGCGCCGGCGCGGAGGUGGUGGUGGGCUGCUCGGCGGAGCAGCGCGCGGCGGCCGAGGCGCUGGGCGCCGCGCUGGUGCUGGACCGCGCCGCCGCCGACUACGACCGCGCGCUGGAGGAGUGCGGCCCAUACGACGCGAUCCUGGACUGCGCGGGGCUGGGCGGCGCGGAGGCGGGCGCGCGGCGCUGGCGCUUCGCGCGCUACGUGACGCUGAGCUCGCCGCUGCUGCGCCACACCGACCGCGACGGCCUGCUGCUGGGCGCGCUGCGCGCCGGCGCCGACCUCGCGCAGCAGUGCGCGGCCGCGGCGCGCCUGCCGCGCGCGCGCGACGCGCCCGCGCCGCAGUGCCCGCCGCACGUGCGCUGGGCGUACUUCGCGCCCUCGGCGCCCGACAUCGAGAUGCUGCGCCGGCUCGCCGACCGCGGCGAGUUCACGGUGGAGGUGGAGCGCGUGUUCGGCUGGUGGGAGGCGGAGCGCGCGUACGAGCGCCUCGCGCAGGGCCACGCGCGCGGCAAGCUGCUGCUGGACUUCGCCGCGCCGCGCCCCGCGCGUGUCGUCGGCUGAGCGCCCCCCGCGCCCCCCGCGCCGGCAACGCAGGUACAUCGGAGGAGACGAUCCUUUACACUCUGCAGUCAAUCAAUACAAUUGAAAAACUGUGAAAGAUUGUUCGUAAACUGUCCACAGGGAAGGCGGUUUAUAAAAAAAAAGAUGGUUUUCUAGAUUUGUUAAAUUCUAGAUCGUUUGUUGUGUACGAGGAAGUAAACAAGUAGUUAUUAGUUAGCAACGGCACGGGGUAAAUA